AGUAUUACGUAACGCCCAACACGAAAUACACUUCCGGGUUUUGAUAACAGUACACCAAAAAUAUAUGUUAACACGGAUUGAGGUCGGCGACAAUGGAAGAACCCGAGGACCUAGGUCCAGUGCACCAGCUGUACCAGUUUGAUGAGAAUAAGGAGCUAUCCCUUCCGGAGUUCUACUCCCAACAUAAGGACGACUUACCUAUGUUGAUUGUGGUCAGUGGUGGUCAUUAUGGGCAGACUAAAUGGGACGAAAUAUCAACAGACCAGGUCAUGCGGUUUCACUGCUGCCAUUCUGUUCGUCGAGUUUUAGCGCGAGAACCAACAGAAGCUAGUGACAUCAAACUGGAAUAUCUUAGUAUCCCAGUCAAUGGCAACUUCCGUUUUCAGCUGGUGAAAUCUAGAACACAACACAGUCCCUCCAUGUCGAUGAAUGAGAUUCUGGAGCGGAGAGAGUUCCCCAUUCUGAUCCAGUUCUCUGCUGAUCAUGUCGUCCCGGAGGCUGGCAAGAACAGAGACGGGACUUUGGCCUCCUUCCUGGUCAUAGCCACAUACGAAGAGGACUUCAUCCAGGGCAACUACAUACUGAUAAACAAGAUAGGAAAGGACACAGCAGCGGUGGCGCUUACCCCUCUCAUUUCCGUUACCAGGGUUACCGGUUACAAGGACAAGUCAGACGAGGAGUUCCAGGCGUUCCUUCAGGAACUGGACAACUUUGUGGACAAGAACUGCUCUUACCCGGAGAGCAACUGUGACAUGCGAAUAAAGAAAUAUGGAAUUCUUGAUCCGGAAAUAAAGGAGGUUAUCCGGAGUGACGCCAUCUUUUCUUCCGGUAUAUAUGGAGACACUGGCGAACGACUACCUGCACCUCCUAUCCCAGCAAGAGGAAAAUCUCAAAACCUUAAAACAGACGACAGCAACGAAGAUGACUUGUACGAACAUUAUGUCAAAAUUAAGGACACUUGUCGGUCCAAGAAUGAGCCGCCUUAUACGAAGAUCGAGCCCCACUCCGAGGGUGCUUCUGUGCAUUCCAAACCUACCGAUUCUGUGGCAUUGGCCAGGUUCAACCAUACCCAUAUGUCAGUGAAAGAAGUAGGAAAUAUGUUGAAGAAUCUAAAACUGAAUAAACACGUGAAAAGGUUUAAAUCCGAAAUGAUUGAUGGCGAAAUACUCAAGGAGCUCACGAGAAAAAUCCUUGUGAACGAUUUUAACUUCACCCACGUGGAAGCCAUCAGACUUGAGAAAUUCAUCGAAACCGGACAUGUACCAGAAUAAACAUCUCGAUUUUUACCUUCAUGUUUCAUAUAGUUAUCAACUGGCACUUCUUUCCUGAAAUAAAUGAUUUAAAACUUU